UCUCUCUCUCUCUUUGUCUCUCCUCCCUUCUCUCCUCCCUCUAUCAGUCAGUGCGCCCGUUGGCACAGGAACGAUUGAAAGUGACACAGUCUGAUUAGAACCGGUCCCUUUGCGCCGAUCCAUCCCGCUAUUACUGGAACUCAAACUCCGGUGCUUGCUUUUCGGCCAGGUCCGCGUGGUGUGUUGUGUCUCCCGGGUUGUUUUUUUUUUUUUUAUCUUCCCGGCUGCGUCGCGUAUUUUUUUGCGCAAAAGCGUUUUUUGGGUCUCUCUUUCUCUCCGAGGAUGAAGCCAUGAGUUCAAAGGAAGGCAGACUUGUGGCACAGAGACUCGUCUUAAACUAAAAGGCGGACAAACGCGUAGACAGGAAGGACGCGGGGGGGAGAAUUUCAUCUACAACGUUAAGUUUGUGAGUCGGACAGAAAGGUCUACGGAGUCAGGACAGACCACUACCGGUGCUCUCAGAGUCUCUCCGUCUCUACGCCUCUAGGCUCCUUCCCCACGGAGAGCAUCCAUCCGUCCACCUCUCCACUCCUCUCCGCUGCUUUACGCGCUACCGUCGCCCCCUCUUUCUCCCUCCCUCCCUCCCAGUAACUAUACGUUUUUUUCUCCUCUGUGGAUCUCCGGUCCGGUCUCCCCUACGAGUCCAGAUUCAACUCCCCGGGCCUUUUACCCAGGAGCAGAACCACAGCUCAGCCCUGGAUUCAAUACUCCUGAUCAAUGGACAGAGCCUCCUCAGCGGCCAGCAGCGCUACAGACACACAGCCGUAAACAACUCGUUCUCUCUGGCUGGAUCUCCUCUGGGGAUCUGGAGGAGGAUGGAGCGAGGAGGGGAGAGUCCCAUCACCCAGGACAGUCCUGAGCGAAGGGGGGGCAGUCCGGACCUCAGCGGCCUCCCACCGCCGGGGAAGAAGGGCCGGUUGGAGCUCAAUGGGAGCCCCACUGGGCCCCGCAUACGCCACAACGGAGCCCCACUGAGACCCCUAGGAGGUCUGAUGAUUCCAGUCUUCUGUGUAGUGGAGCAGUCAGACGGAGGGAUUCAGACGGACGGAUGUGAGGGAAGAGAGGAGCAUGCGGAGUUUGUGCUGGUCAGGAAGGAUAUUCUCUUCUCUCAGCUGGUGGAGACGGCUCUGCUGGCCCUUGGGUACUCCCACAGCUCGGCGGCACAAGCCCACGGAAUCAUCAAGGUGGGAAGGUGGAACCCUCUGCCUGUCCACUUCCUGACUGACGCACCAGAAGCUACAGUAGCCGACAUGCUGAUGGAGGUCUACCACAUGGUCACUCUACGCAUCCAGCUGCAAAGUUUUUCAAAGCUGGAGGAUCUGCCGUGUGAACAGUGGAACCACGCGACAGUCAGGAACGCUCUCAAAGAGCUGCUAAAGGAAAUGAACCAAAGCACUCUGGCCAAAGAGUGUCCCCUGUCACAGAGUAUGAUUUCCUCCAUAGUGAACAGUUCGUACUACGCCAACGUCUCCACUGCCAAAUGCCAGGAGUUUGGUCGUUGGUACAAGAAGUAUAAGAAAAUCAAAGUAGAUUACCUGGAGAAGAUGUGGUCUGGACGGGAUGCUGCUGACAUCAAAAUAGAGAGAGACAACAUGGCCGACUUCUGUGUGCUGGGCCAGAGACCUCCGCCCCACCUGGCCGGCCUGACCCAGCUCAGUCACCUGGGAGCCGGCGGCCCUCUCCUCAAGGUGGGGUCUGGAGACAUGCAGGCGCCUUCUCAGCCGCCUCAGCAGCCUCCCCAGCAGCAGUCGUCACCCCACGGCCCCCUCCACCACAGCCCUCCUCUCCGUACAGGCCAGGUGCCUCCUCCUCCUCCGCCCCCGCCACCCCCGCCCGGCGCCCUGCAGCCCCUGCUGGGGCCAGGUGGGCUGCUCUCCCCUCAACUUUCCCCCCAGCUGGUGCGUCAACAGCUCGCCAUGGCCCACCUCAUCAACCAGCAGCUAGCAGUUAGCCGCCUGCUGGCCCAUCAGCACCCACAGGCCAUCAACCAGCAGUUCCUCAACCACCCACCCAUCCCUCGGGGUUCGUCCAAAGGCGGCGGCGACCAUCCCGGGAGCAACCCCUCGGCCGCCGAGGUCUCCUGUGAAAUCUACCAGCAGGUCAGAGACGAGCUGAAGAGAGCUAGUGUCUCCCAGGCCGUGUUCGCCCGUGUGGCUUUCAACCGCACACAGGGUUUGCUGUCGGAGAUCCUGCGGAAGGAGGAGGACCCUCGCACAGCCUCACAGUCUCUGCUGGUGAAUCUGAAAGCAAUGCAGAACUUCCUCAACCUGGCCGAGAGCGAGAGAGACCGCAUCUACCAGGAGGAGAGAGAGCGCACCAUGAACCCUACGGUCGGCCUUCCCGCCUCCAACUCCUCCAACCCCGGCACUCCACGUCUCUCACAGAAAGUGUGGGAGAGGGGCAUGGAUGACCAGAUAACCCCUGAUACCUGGGCCUCCAUCUGGAAGAACAAGACUAAGAUCUCCAACUCGCCCAAGCCGUCCGGCCCGCCCCCCGACCUCCCCCUGAAGCUGGAGUCGCUGGUCAACAUCACGUCAGGCAUCUACGACGAAAUUCAGCAGGAGAUGAAGAGAGCAAAGGUGUCCCAGGCUCUGUUCGCUAAGGUGGCCGCCAACAAGAGCCAGGGCUGGCUGUGUGAGCUGCUCCGGUGGAAGGAGAACCCGAGCCCGGAGAACCGCACGCUCUGGGAGAACCUGUGCACCAUCCGGAGGUUCCUGACGCUGCCGCAGGCCGAAAGAGACCUGGCGUACGAGGAGGAGUCCAGGCACCAUCACUCGGAGAGGCUGCACACCGUCCUGCACCUGCCGCAGGACACACAGCUCUUUUGUCUUUCUCGUCAGGCGCUUCACAGGCCACCCCCGACCCCAAUGAAGGAGCACCGUGUGUCCCCCAUGCGUGAAGAGCAGUUAUCUGCCCCGGUGAACGAGGAGGGCUUACAGAAUGUGGGAGCAGGAGCUGCUGGCAGCUGUCCACCUGGCACCGUUGGCAGUGCUGGGAGCAACAAGAAGCCACGAUCACGCACUAAGAUUUCCUUGGAGGCCUUGGGCAUCCUGCAGAGCUUCAUCCAGGAUGUUGGCCUGUACCCGGACCAGGAGGCCAUCCACACCUUGUCCGCGCAGCUUGACCUGCCCAAACAUACCAUCAUCAAGUUCUUUCAGAACCAGCGCUACCACGUCAAGCACCACGGCCGUCUCAAGGAGCUGGGCGAUGGGGCUGCGGCCAGCGGAGGUGUGGACGUCAGUGAAUACAGAGAAGAGGAGCUGCUUUCGGGCUCAGAGGACCCGGAGUCCAGCGAGGACGGAGCAGAGGAGAUCUACCAGUCCACAGAGGGGAAUUGUGGGAGCGCCGGAGGGCUGAACCAGCCACUGCCGGCCUCCUCCUGCUCCAAAUCUAACUCCAACUCCAGCCAUUCGUCUUCAGGGACCAAAAAUGCUCAGGAGGAAGGAAUGGACAAGGUGCACUGCCGGCCUGGUGGCCCCCUGGGCCCCGGGAGCUCCUCAUCCAGUCCCAGAGAGCCGGCCGACUACCAGAGGUAGAGACUGACACACAGAGAGGAGAGGACAGAAGGGAAAAGAGAGAGUGGAGAGAAAGCAAGAUAAAGAAAAAGCCAUGGAACUGCUCAUGAAUUAGUGGGGAACGUCAAAAAACCAUCAGGCUGAAAUAAUGUGUACAUCACUCAAAACAACCAGACGGACUUGAUCUCAGACAGAUCUCUGAACACCUGGGGAGUAAAAUUUACCUCAGCAAAAAGACAGCAGCUUUGCAGAGUGCUGUGACACAGCAGUGUUUGUGUAACUGUGAAAGAGAGUUUCCCCAAUCCACAUUUAAAUACAUUUCAUAGACAGGUCAUCCAUUGCUGCUCAUGUCUACAACGUAAACAACAAAAUCUCCAAGUGUUGACACUUUCUCUUAAUCUAAUCGCCAGAAAGGCCACUACGGAGAGGCAGGAUUUCAUCGGCUUCGGCCAGAAGUUGUUCCUAAUCCUCCUCUUUAAAGUCUGAGCACACUCACAUAGAGCUGCAUACACAUGA